AAAGCUACUUGGCAUGAAUGCCUGGGCCGUACCAAGUGUCACCGCGGCGAGAGGGGGAGUCAGAAGAAAAACAGAUCAGACCAGAGCAGACAAUAGGCCCCUAAAGUGUUCCCCCUAAGUUGCUUUGAUGUUGUCCUAGUGUCUAGAUACCAGGAGGCCAGGGAUUGCAGGCAAAGGGUCUUUUUUGUCUUCAUUCACUUUCCCCCCUCAGUUUCUGAAAUGAUUCUCCAGAAUUUCUCCUCAUAAAAAAGGACUGAAUGUGGGACUAGCUGGUGUCACUCCACUUUGACCUAAAAAUCCCCUUCUGUUUGGGAGGCAAAGAUCAUUCUGGGAAGCUUCUUCCAUGUCCCAAUGUAGAAGAGAGAGCAGCUUGGACAUCUCAAAAGGUGAGGGUCGCCUUUGAGAAAGGGGUUCCCGGACUCCCUCAGCUCCUCACCUCCAGGAUGAGCACUGCGGUAUCGUGACCCUUGGGGUUUUGUUUAUUUUCAAAUUGGUUUCCAUGUAUCAGCCGGUGCCCCACGUCCCCAUCUUGACAGUGACGAAGAACACAGCCAGGGGGCCUGGCCGAACACCAGCUCUCCCACUCACUAGGGUAUGAAUAACUCGUGGAUGACUAAGUCAGGUAUGACCCGACUCGGCAAAUGGCUAACCAUUUCAGAGCCUCAGUUUCCUCACCUCUCAAAUAGGUGAGGGGUACCUGCCUCCUGGCACUGUUGGUCAAUGACUUCACACGACCUUGCUCAAAAGAGUGCCUGAAAAAUUUGAAAUAGGAGCUAAGAAGAAAAGGGAGAUACAUUGAACGAGUAGGUCUUCAAAUUGGGAGAUUUGGAUGUAUCGGAGGAAAAAGUCUCUCUCUGGCUGUGAUGAACCGUCUUCUGUGGAAGAUCUUUCCAGUCCUUUGGGUAAACAGCUGAGCACCACCUGCAAGUGUAGGAGCCAGAGAGCCAUAUUGUGGUCUUUGGAGCUACGUGAUGAGACUCUUGGCAGACCCUUUUGCCCAGCAAAGGCUAGGGUGACUGACUUCAACGACUCCCCUGAUGAGGGGGUUGAAAACCAGGGAUUUUGUUCUCUGUCACUCAGGGAGUCCCCGUGCUCGCUUCAGCCUUCGUGCUGUCUCUCUACCCAGAAGGUCAUGGUGAGGAGCAGGGGAGACCCGACUGCAAACCUGGGCAGAAGCCAUGUGCACCAUUCCCGUGUGGUUCCUCCAUUCACCUGUGAAAUGCCUGUCGAUCAAGAUUGAGCAACUUUGCGCCCUGGAGAUGCGAGAUUUUCCUUGGGGAGCACGAGGCACACACCCAGAGAAUGCUGGAGCUGCAAGAGGACAGGACCCACUUCCAGAGCCGAGAAAAACCAAGAGGAAAAAGGCAUACAGGUGGCCAGCGCUAGGGGCCGCCGCCACUGCCCUCCGCAGCUGCUCCGGCUGCCGCCCGAGAGGAACUCGGUGACCCAUCCCCGUCUGUGACUGCACGCUCAGGAGCUCAAUCAAUGCAUUCCAGUAACCCUAAAGUGAGGAACUCUCCAUCAGGAAACACACAGAGUAGCCCUAAGUCAAAGCAGGAGGUGAUGGUGCGUCCCCCUACAGUGAUGUCCCCAUCUGGAACCCCCCAGCUGGAUUCCAAACUCUCCAAUCAGGGUAAACAGGGGGGCUCAGCCAGCCAAUCCCAGCCAUCCCCCUGUGACUCCAAGAGUGGGGGCCAUACCCCUAAAGCACCCCCUGGCCCAGGUGGGAGCAUGGGGCUGAAGAAUGGGGCUGGAAAUGGUGCCAAGGGCAAGGGGAAAAGGGAGCGAAGUAUUUCCGCCGACUCCUUUGAUCAGAGAGAUCCCGGGACUCCAAACGAUGCCUCUGACAUUAAAGAAUGUAAUUCUGCUGACCACAUCAAGUCCCAGGAUUCCCAGCACACGCCACACUCGAUGACCCCGUCAAAUGCUACGGCCCCCAGGUCUUCCACCCCUUCCCAUGGCCAGACUACUGCCCCAGAGCCCACACCUGCUCAGAAGACUCCUGCCAAAGUGGUGUAUGUGUUUUCUACUGAGAUGGCCAAUAAAGCUGCCGAAGCGGUGUUGAAGGGCCAGGUUGAAACUAUCGUCACUUUCCACAUCCAGAACAUCUCUAACAGCAAGACAGAGCGAAGCACAGCCCCUCCGGUAGGCCAUUCUGGAAGUGGAGUGUGGUUUAAAGGCCCUGCAGCAGCUGCACAGAACACACAGGUCUCUGCCCUUCGGAAUGACCCGAAGCCCCUCCCACCACAGCCCUCAGCUCCUGCCAGCCAGGACCAGAAUUCUUCCCAGAGCACCAGGCUGCAGCCGACCCCGCCCGUUCCGGCACCAGCACCCAAGCCUGCGGCGCCCCCACGUCCCCUGGACCGGGACAGUCCUGGCGUAGAAAACAAACUGGUCCCUUCCGUGGGCAGCCCUGCUGGCUCCACGCCUCUGCCCCCGGAUGGUACUGGGCCGAACUCGACACCCAACAACCGAGCAGUGACCCCUGUCUCCCAGGGGAGCAAUAGCUCUUCAGCGGACCCCAAAGCCCCUCCACCUCCACCAGCGUCCAGCGGAGAGCCCCCCACCCUGGGAGAGAACCCCGAUGGACUGUCUCAGGAGCAGCUGGAGCACCGAGAGCGCUCCUUACAAACGCUCCGUGACAUCCAACGCAUGCUCUUCCCCGACGAGAAAGAGUUCACAGGAGGACAAAGUGGGGGACCCCAGCAGAAUCCUGGGGUAUUAGAUGGACCUCAGAAGAAACCAGAAGGGCCGAUACAGGCCAUGAUGGCUCAAUCCCAAAGCCUAGGGAAGGGGCCCGGGCCCCGGACAGAUGUGGGAGCUCCCUUUGGCCCUCAAGGACAUAGAGAUGUGCCCUUCUCUCCAGACGAGAUGGUUCCACCUUCCAUGAACUCCCAGUCAGGGCCCAUGGGACCCGACCACCUGGACCACAUGACCCCUGAGCAGAUAGCUUGGCUAAAGCUGCAGCAGGAGUUUUACGAGGAGAAGAGGAGGAAGCAGGAGCAUGCUGUCGUGCAGCAGUGCUCCCUCCAGGACAUGAUGGUCCAUCAGCAUGGGCCGAGGGGCGUGGGCCGAGGGCCUCCCCCUCCGUACCAGAUGGCCCCCGGCGAGGGCUGGGGGCCAGGCGGUGCAGAGCCCUUUGCUGAUGGGAUCAGCAUGCCCCAUUCUCUGCCCCCGAGGGGCAUGGCUCCUCACCCCAACAUGCCAGCGAGCCAGAUGCGCCUCCCUGGGUUUGCGGGAAUGAUAAACUCUGAAAUGGAGGGGCCGAACGUCCCCAACCCAGCGUCCCGACCAGGUCUCUCUGGAGUCAGUUGGCCAGACGAUGUGCCAAAAAUCGCGGACGGUCGAAACUUCCCGCCUGGCCAGGCUGUCUUCAGCGGUCCUGGCCGAGGGGAACGCUUCCCCAACCCCCAAGGGUUGUCUGAAGAGAUGUUUCAGCAGCAGCUGGCAGAGAAGCAGCUGGGUAUCCCCCCGGGGAUGAGCAUGGAAGGCAUCCGGCCCGGCAUGGACAUGAAUAGGAUGGUCCCGGGCUCCCAGCGCCACAUGGAGCCCGGGAGUAAUCCCAUUUUCCCUCGAAUACCCGUCGAGGGCCCUCUGAGUCCCUCGAGGGGUGACUUCCCGAAAGGGAUGCCCCCACAGAUGGGCCCGGGUCGGGAACUCGAGUUUGGGAUGGUUCCUGGCGGGAUGAAGGGAGAUGUUGGUCUGAACGUCAACAUAGGAGCCAACCCUCAGAUGAUACCUCAGAAGAUGAGAGAGGCCGGGGCGGGCCCUGAGGAGAUGAUGAAAUUACGCCCAGGUGGCGCGGACAUGCUGCCUGUUCAGCAGAAGAUGAUGCCCCUGCCAUUUGGGGAGCACCCCCAGCAAGAGUAUGGCAUGGGCCCCAGGCCCUUUCUUCCCAUGUCUCAGGGUCCGGGCAGCACCAGCGGCUUGCGGAAUCUCAGAGAACCAAUCGGGCCCGACCAAAGGACUAACAGCCGGCUCAGUCAUAUGCCACCGCUACCUCUGAACCCUUCCAGUAACCCCACUGGCCUCAACACGGCUCCGCCAGUGCAGCGUGGCCUGGGGCGGAAGCCCUUGGAUAUAUCUGUGGCGGGCAGCCAGGUACAUUCCCCAGGCGUUAACCCUCUGAAGUCUCCCACGAUGCGCCAAGUCCAGUCACCGAUGCUGGGCUCGCCCUCGGGGAACCUCAAGUCCCCCCAGACCCCGUCGCAGCUGGCAGGCAUGCUGGCAGGCCCAGCUGCUGCCGCUUCCAUUAAGUCCCCCCCUGUCCUGGGGUCUGCUGCUGCUUCGCCUGUGCACCUCAAGUCUCCGUCACUUCCUGCCCCGUCACCUGGAUGGACCUCCUCUCCAAAACCUCCCCUUCAGAGUCCCGGAAUCCCUCCAAACCAUAAAGCACCCCUCACCAUGGCCUCCCCAGCCAUGCUGGGCAGUGUAGAGUCAGGUGGCCCCCCACCUCCUACUGCCAGCCAGUCUGCCUCUGUGAAUAUCCCCGGAAGUCUUCCCUCUAGUACACCCUACACCAUGCCUCCAGAGCCAACCCUUUCCCAGAACCCGCUGUCUAUUAUGAUGUCUCGAAUGUCCAAGUUCGCGAUGCCCAGUUCCACCCCUUUAUACCACGACGCCAUCAAGACUGUGGCCAGCUCCGAUGACGACUCCCCUCCGGCUCGCUCUCCCAACUUGCCAUCAAUGAAUAAUAUGCCAGGAAUGGGCAUUAAUACACAGAAUCCUCGAAUUUCAGGUCCAAACCCCGUGGUUCCGAUGCCAACCCUCAGCCCCAUGGGAAUGACCCAGCCGCUUUCUCACUCCAAUCAGAUGCCCUCUCCGAAUGCCAUGGGACCCAACAUACCUCCUCAUGGGGUCCCGAUGGGGCCGGGCCUGAUGUCACACAACCCUAUCAUGGGGCACGGGUCCCAGGAGCCUUCGAUGGUACCUCAAGGACGGAUGGGUUUCCCCCAGGGCUUCCCGCCAGUACAGUCUCCUCCACAGCAGGCUCCGUUCCCUCACAAUGGCCCCAGUGCGGGGCAGGGCAGCUUUCCAGGAACCAUGGGUUUCCCAGGAGAAGGCCCCCUCGGCCGCCCCAGCGCCCUGCCCCAGAGUUCAGCAGAUGCAGCACUUUGCAAGCCUGGAGGCCCCGGGGGCCCCGACUCCUUCGCUGUCUUGGGGAACAGCAUGCCUUCGGUGUUUACAGACCCAGACCUGCAGGAGGUCAUCCGACCUGGAGCCACGGGGGUCCCCGAGUUCGAUCUGUCUCGCAUUAUUCCAUCUGAGAAGCCUAGCCAGACUCUGCAAUAUUUCCCUCGAGGGGAAGUCCCAGGCCGUAAACAGCCCCAGGGGCCUGGGCCUGGGUUUUCGCACAUGCAAGGGAUGAUGGGCGAACAGGCCCCCAGAAUGGGACUGGCACUACCUGGCAUGGGCGGGCCGGGGCCGGUGGGAACUCCGGACAUCCCUCUUGGCACAGCUCCAUCCAUGCCAGGCCACAACCCAAUGAGACCACCAGCCUUUCUCCAGCAAGGCAUGAUGGGACCUCACCAUCGGAUGAUGUCACCAGCACAAUCUACGAUGCCCGGCCAGCCUACCCUGAUGAGCACUCCGGCUGCUGCCGUGGGCAUGAUUCCCGGCAAGGAUCGGGGGCCUGCUGGGCUCUACACCCACCCUGGGCCUGUGGGCUCCCCAGGCAUGAUGAUGUCCAUGCAGGGCAUGAUGGGACCCCAACAGAACAUCAUGAUCCCCCCACAGAUGCGGCCCCGGGGCAUGGCUGCUGAUGUGGGCAUGGGCGGAUUUAGCCAAGGACCUGGCAACCCAGGAAACAUGAUGUUUUAAGCUGCUAAGAUUGGAUGUGCCGGUCCUUGUCAAGAUGAGAUUCCAGGUCCUGAGAGCUGCCUUGGGGGGGGUUCCAGGAGUACUGUUGGUCAUGCAAUAGGAGAACAGAGACCCCGAGGGCUGCUUUGGGGGAGGGGGGAAACUCGAGAAUGUAUGGAUUUACCUGAAAACAAAUGAUUCAUUUAAUCAACAGGUGUGUUUUUUUUAAGAUUUAUUUUUUAAAAAUUAUUUUUGUGGACUUGGGUAUCCCGUGAUGGCACCUACUUUUGGGAAAUCUGUAGCCUGUGCUUCGAGAAUUGCCAUCGGUCAUGUGUUGCACCGUUCUCUGUAUGUUUACGUCCUUUGGACUGGCUUCUCCCAGGAUUCUUUUCUGGUUUUGUUUUUUUGUUUUUGUUUUUGUUGUUUUUUUGGGGUUUUGUUUUUGUUUUUGUUUUUGCUUUGGGCUUUAUUUUUGUGUACUGUACUAUAUUGUAAAAGGGAUUUUAGCAGAGACUUUAGUCUUUGGGACAAGAGAACAGGAAUGCUGGGCUGUUUACUUUAGGUGGAGAAUCCAUCUUCAGACCUUUGGACUAUUUUCUUUCAACUCCAGUGUAUAGAAAAAAAAAACCAAACUACGACCUCAGAGCAGAGUAUUAAUGAAAAGCACAAAAAAAAGGAACUAAGUUCAGCGAGGGGUGGGGGGGGAGGGGGGAGAUUUUUCUUUUCAAAAAUAAUGACGCUUAGGACGUUUGUUUUUCAGUUCGAGUGCUCUCCAGCACUGUCUGUCUCUCCCAGUCUGCACACCCACCUUCACAUUUUUCUCUGUUUCCCUCCCCUCCCCCCAUCUCCUUGGUUAAGUGUGUCUCCUGCCCCUGUGGCCCCCCGACUGGCGACCCCUGCUUUCCUCCUCUUUCCCUUUGGCAGCUGCAAUACACGGUGUUCUUUUGGGGAAGGAAAUCUAACGAAGCCUCGCCUUCCAGGAGUGUCGUCCCGGCUCCGAGAGGGAAAGGCGUGUGCUUGGGAUGCUCCAUGGUCUUCUGCUCCCUUUCUCUUCUUCCCUGACACGCCCUGCCCUGCCCACCUUGUUUUCUGUUCUCCUUUCAUUAGGAAUUCCCAAGUGAAUUUUAUCUGUGUGGGAGUGGAACAGAUGCUAAAAGCUAUCCAGGAUUUCAUUUUUGUUUUUGUUUUUAAUUUUGUGGUUCCUUCCCUCCCCUCCCCCUCCAUGCGUAAAACGUUCUGUGUAACCUCCAUUAAAUUUGGUACAAAACCACUCACCAGAGCUGUGGUGUCAGAAAAAUAAAAUAUAUUGUUUCUUACAAAA